AUGUCUAAUCCUUACACUGGCAGUCACGACACCUCCGAUUCAAUAAUUGAAGUGCAAUCAAAUGAUUAUCCACCACCAUCAGCACCACCACCAGUAGACCUUGAAGCGAAUGAUAAAGCAGAAAAGUUCAUCACUGAAGAAAACACAACUACUGAUGAGUUAUCUAAGGAAGCCAGUGUUACCGAACAUCAACACGAGCCAGCUACAAAAUCACAUUUAACUUAUUGGCAACGAUUCAAAUUGAAAUUCCCAUGGUACAAAAUAGCAUUCCAAAUCUUCUUGGGAUGUUUCUUCACAUCUUGGUGGUUAUCUAUUGUCAUCCAACCAAAACACCGUCAUCAGUGGUUAAUCCCUACUGUGAUUUGGGGUAUGAUCAUGGUGCGUUUAAUUACCUGGCACUGGCGAAUCUUGCCCUGGUGCUUGAAAUACGUGAAAUAUGUAUGGGAUUCAUGUUGUGAUUUCAUCUACACCAAAUUAUUCCCACAACGGUAUCAAAGGUUAUUGGCCGGUGCAGCAAUUGUCAUUGCUGUUGUAUUGUUGGGCACAUUUAUCCCUACCGAAACUGAUUUUUCCAAACGACCAGACCGUGCUGUGUCAUUUUUCGGUUGUUUGGUGGCCGUAUUUGGCUUGUUUGUAACUUCAAAGAACCCCACCAAGAUUCAAUGGAAUACAGUAAUCGGCGGAUUUUUGAUGCAAUAUAUCGUGGCAUUGUUUGUCUUGAGAACAAAAUGUGGAUUUGAUGUAUUCAAUUUCAUUUCAACUUUGGCUCGAGAAUUAUUAGGGUUUGCUAAAGACGGUGUGGCAUUUUUAACUGAUCAAGAAAUUGCUAACAAGUCCUGGUUCUUCUUUACCGUAUUGCCAUCAGUGGCGUUUUUCGUGGCAUUUGUUCACAUUUGGUACUACUUUGGCGUUAUUCAAUGGGGAAUUCGUAAAUUUGCAUUCUUCUUUUUUUGGUCAUUGCGAGUCUCAGGGGCAGAGGCGAUGACGGCUGCUGCUUCGCCCUUUAUUGGGAUUGGUGAAUCGGCAAUUUUGAUUAAAGACCUUAUGCCCUAUUUAACCAAAGCUGAAUUGCACCAAGUUAUGACUUCUGGGUUUUCAACUAUCUCGGGUGCCGUGUUGGUGGGAUAUAUCGGGUUAGGGUUGAAUCCUCAAGCCUUGGUUAGUUCAUGUGUUAUGUCGAUUCCGGCAUCAUUGGCAGUAUCGAAAUUGAGAUACCCGGAGACUGACAUACCAGUGUCAAACGGGCAAAUCAUAAUCACUGAUAAUCAAAAAGCCAAUAACAAUGAAGCAGAGGAGGAUAAGGAUAAACCACAAAACGUGUUACAAGCAUUCUCUAAUGGUGCAACAUUGGGAUUGAAAAUUGCCGGAACGAUGAUGAUCCAAUGCAUGUGUAUCAUUGCCCUUGUUGCAUUAUGUAACGGUAUCUUGACUUGGUUUGGUAAUUACUGGAACAUUCAUGAAUUAACCCUUGAGCUCAUGUUGUCAUACUUAUUUUAUCCCAUUGGAUUUCUUCUUGGCACACCAAGAAACGAAAUCUUGUUGGUGACCAAAUUGAUCGCUUACAAAUUCGUUCAAAAUGAAUACGUGGCUUACAACUUGUUAAUCAACGAAGCUCCUUAUAAUCAAUUAUCACCUAGAGGUACUUUGAUUGCCACUUAUGCUUGUUGUGGGUUUGCCAACUUGGGUAGUUUGGGUAUUACUUUGGGAGUAUUGAACACCUUGACUAAUAAUUCACGUGCCAAGGAUAUUUCUCAAAGUAUCAUGUCGGCCUUGUUUUGUGGUGGUAUUGCUACUCUUACUUCUGCAGCAAUUUCAGGAAUGGUUUUGCAUGAUUUGAAAAAUUUCAUAAAUUGA